CCACCGGCGGGCUCACAUAUCGCUGCUGUGCUAUUUAUUUAUUUAUUAUAGAUCCUUUUUUUAAAUUUUAAGGAGCCAGACAAUGCUCAGCCUGUGCCUUUACGUCCCGGUGUCUAACUCAGACCCGGUCGAGGUGGAGUAUUUCGAGUCUAACAGCCUUCCGUCCGAGUUGAAGUCUCUCUUUAACAAACUGAGCGUCUUCCUGCCGUCUCAAGAGUUUUCUACCUAUCAAAGAUGGCGAAAGAAAACUGUAAAAAGGGAAGAAAACGACGCAGACGUACAGCUGGAAUUCGACGAGUUUGUGCAAUAUCUUCAAGAUUACGAGAAGGACCUUAAACUUGUGGUGAAAAGUCUCGACAGGAAGAAUGCAGGUCGUGUUGAUGCGAAAGAGUUCAUGCAGUCUCUUUGGGAGAUCGGUGUUCAUAUUUCUCCAAGGCAUGCAGAGAAAGCCCUUAAUAGCAUGGAUAAGAGCGGGAUGAUCACAAUCAGCAGUAAAGACUGGAGCAGCUACCCCAUGGUGGAGAAGGCAGAGAACAUCCCUGAGAUCAUCCUCUACUGGAAACACUCCACGAUAUUCGAUGUGGGUGAGAACCUGAUGGUGCCCGACGACUUCACCAUCGAGGAGAAGAUGACCGGUAUGUGGUGGAGGCAUCUGGUCGCAGGCGGAGCAGCAGGAGCGGUUUCCAGGACCGUCACCGCUCCGCUGGACCGAGUCAAAGUCAUGAUGCAGGUUUACGGAUCUCGAACCAACAACAUGUGCAUCAUGAGCGGGCUGAUGCAGAUGAUUAAAGAAGGAGGCACCAGGUCGUUAUGGCGAGGCAACGGCGUGAACAUCAUCAAAAUCGCCCCCGAGUCAGCCCUGAAGUUCAUGGCGUACGAGCAGAUCAAACGAUUGAUCGGCAGCGAUAAAGAGACUCUGAGCAUCUUGGAGAGAUUUGCUGCAGGCUCUAUGGCAGGAGUCAUGGCCCAGAGUACUAUCUACCCCAUGGAGGUUCUGAAAACACGUCUCGCUUUAAGGACGACCGGACAGUACUCGGGUAUCACGGAUUGUGCGAAGCAGAUUUUCAGGCGAGAAGGACUCUCAGCGUUUUACAAAGGCUACAUCCCCAACAUGCUCGGCAUUAUCCCCUACGCUGGCAUCGACCUGGCCGUGUACGAGACCUUGAAGAACAGCUACCUGCAGCAGUACGGUACCAACAGCACCGACCCCGGCGUUCUCGUCCUGCUGGCUUGCGGCACCGUGUCGAGCACCUGCGGUCAGCUCGCCAGUUACCCGCUCGCUCUCGUCCGCACCCGCAUGCAAGCACAAGCUGCGACAGGAGGCAGCCAGAAUGCCACCAUGUCGAGUCUCUUCAGGCAGAUCCUGCAGACCGAGGGUCCCGCGGGUCUCUACAGAGGCUUGGCCCCCAAUUUCCUAAAAGUCAUCCCCGCCGUCAGCAUCAGCUACGUCGUGUACGAGCAAAUAAAAACACAGCUGGGAGUGACGUCGCGCUGAUACACCACCAACCCAUCCUUUCCUUUCAUUGUCACCAUGAGGAGUGUGUGACCUCCACCCUCCUAAAAACACACACACACGCCCCCUCCCCCUCCCCUAAACCACCCACCCUCUCCCCUACUCGAGGGAAUCCCAGGGACCUCGUUGGGGUUCGUGAACGCUUCUCAUUCUGUGAAUGUCAGCUGACGAAAGACGAGAAAGGCCAAGAUAGGAGGAUAUAUGGACUCUGUGAGCUCAGGUGUUUUUUGGGGGGGGGCGGGGGGGGGCUGAUGGCUGACGGCUGACUGUGACCGUGACCGCUGCUAUUUAUGUUUUAAAGAAGAAGUCACAUCCAGAAGCCUGAAUGUAACAGACUGUAAAUCAAGAAUCGAGGACCAAAUGUUAAGGUUUUUUGGCUCUUCUGCCACUUUUUUUUUUUUUUUUUGGUGCCUGAGAGAUAAAGUCAGUCAGUUGUUCUCAUGUUGGUUUGACAUUACGUUAAGUUUUCGGUCAGUCAGCAUCCGUUAUACACAUACACACACACAGACAUAUACACACCACCAACUCCUCUACCUGUAAAGUACUGAAGACAGAUUACAUUUAUUUUUAUAGACGGAUAAAAGCAUUAUAAUAAACUCUUUAUACGAAGUGUUUAAACAAGAGAGAAAGAGAAAGAAAGGGUUUUUGCACAUGAGAGUUUGAUCUCUCUCUGGACCCUUCCCCCGUCCCGUCCUAGAAUGAAUGAAUUAGCGGAAAGAUAGAUGAAGAGUAUUUAUUCAUUUAUUCAUCUGUUCUGUAUAUUUAUUGUUUUAAUUGUCUGGAGGAAGAGGAGGAAGAGGAAGAGGAGGAGACGAACGCUGCAUGUUUCCUGUCUUCUUGAAGAGCCAAAUGUGCGAUUUUUUUUUUUUGUUUUUUUUUGUUGUUGCUUCGUUUUAAACAGAUGCAGUGACUGUAUUCAUGAGUGUGAAAGUUAACACCAGGCAACGGCCUUACUGAGUGGCUGAUCAACACUAAAAAUAUAUGUAGUUGUCUGGUUUUAAAUGUUAAAGGGAAGUUCAUGUUGAAUCCGUUAGUCACUGCGACUCGUAUUACGCAACUUGAAAGUCUGCAUGUAGAUGUUUUUUGUUUUUUGCCCUUUUCUUUUCUUUAUUUAAAAAAAAAAAAAAAGAAGUAUAAAUGUCUUAAUGUUCACCUCAGGUUAGAUCAUUGUUUUAAUUAACAGAAAAAUCACUUGUGGUUGUUUUUUUUUUUUCUUCAUUUAUACUCUUGAGUUUUUGUCGGGAAGGAGAGAAAAAAAGGGCUUUAAAAAAGAUGAAGCAACAUAAUGCACUUUAAUGAAUGUCGUAUUAAUUCUUUUGUAAAGAAUGAGUUUUAGUCUUGUUUUAAUGGACCAUUUUUUUUGAUGCAAAUAAAUGCAAAUUCUCGUUA